AUGACCAAUUACAAAAAUUGGGACUGUCAUGGUGAAGCUGCUGCCAUGGAGGGCGAUAGUGGCGGAGAGUCUGAUUCAGUAGAUAAGCAGGAGGAUAUAGAGGGUGAAGAAAAUAAGGGUGAAGAAGAUGAGGAUGAGGAGAUGUCUUGUGACUCAGAUGAGUUCCUUAGGCUGGUAGAAGAUGGAGAUAAAGCUUUGUACCCUGGGUGUACAAAGUCGACAAAAUUGAACGCUCUUGUAGAAAUGUUCAAUUUGAAAGCAAAGCACGGAAUGACUGAUGUUUGUAUUUCUGACUGGCUAAUGUUGUUUGAGUCCUUCCUUCCCGAUGGGAAUGAAGUACCUUGCAAUAUAGGUGAGGCAAAGAAAACACUAGGUUUAUUGGGGAUGGGGUAUGAAAAAAUUCAUGCAUGUCCAAAUGAUUGUAUUCAAUAUAGAGGGGACCAUCAUGAAGCUGAAGUAUGUCCAACAUGUACCACUUCGCGGUAUAAGAUUAGAAAGAACGGAGUUGUGAGGGAUGGGGUUGCUGUAAAGGUUUUGUGGUACUUCCCUAUAAUACCGAGAUUUAAAAGGAUGUUCCAAUCUCCAAGGACAGCUAAGUCCUUGACUUGGCAUGGCGAUAGGAAUAAAGAUGGCAUGAUGCGGCAUCCAGCUGAUUCACCGACUUGGAAAUUGGUUGACACACAGUGGCUAGAAUUUGGGAAAGAACCUAAGAACCUUCGAUUAGCCAUUUCGUCUAAUGGAUUUAAUCCUUACGCUGCUUUAAGCAGCAAAUACUCUUGUUGGUCAGUUAUUCUGGUCACAUAUAACCUUCCUCCUUGGUUAUGCAUGAAGAGGAAGUUCAUGAUGUUGUCCUUGUUGAUAUCUGAACCGAAACAGCCCGGGAAAGAUAUCGAUGUCUAUCUACAACCGUUAAUAGACGAUUUGAAGUUAUUGUGGCAGGGGGUUGAAGAAGUGUAUGACUUUGUGAGAGAAGAGACCUUUACAUUGAAGGCAGUCUUACUUUGGACUAUAAAUGACUUUCCUGCGUAUGGGAACCUUUCGGGUAGUGUCACCAAAGGAUAUAAUGCUUGUCCUAUCUGUGUUGAUGAAACCAAACCCAUUAGGCUGAAACAUUGUAAGAAAAUGGUGUUUUUGAAGAAUCGCCGAUUCUUGCGUAGAAAUCAUCCAUACCGAAAGCAGGCUGCAACAUUUGACAACACGAUUGAGAAUGAAGUCGCCCCUGAACCAUUAAGUGGAGAAGAGGUUCUGGCAAGGGUUGAAGGACUGCCUCGUGAGUUUGGAAAAACUCAAAAGCCUGCCAAGCGAGGUGAUCAACCCAGACCUUGCUGGAAAAAAAAAAGCGUGUUCUUUGAACUUGAAUACUGGAAAUAUAUUCCAGUACGCCAUAUUCUUGAUGUGAUGCACAUUGAGAAGAAUUGUUGCGAUGCCAUAAUUGGGACCCUCUUGAAUAUUCCUGGCAAGACAAAGGAUGGAGCUGCUUGCCGUUUGGACAUGGUCGAUAUAGGGCAUCAAAACUGA